AUGAUACAGGCACAUAUUAUCGCAAAUCAUAAUCGUUUUCUUUGUGUUAUCUGUGAUAAAAGGAGAACGCUUAUCAAUUUAUGCAACAACUGGAACGGUAGACGAAUAUCAUCCAAAAUGCAUAUAUCUCGUCGUUUAACUUCUAAUUAUAUCCAAAUAUCAAUCCGUGGCAGCAUACUGCUAUCCCAUGCAUUUUUCAAAGGAUGUGUAGUUCUGGCCGGGAUAUUUUGUGCUAUUGCACUGCACUAUCGAACGACCAAUAUUUGGACAUUGAAAAAUAUGGCAGAUGUCCUGUUAUCACGAUGGGAUCCAUUAAGGCUAAUUGUCAUUGGCGCUUUUCAUCGAGUUAACACUGAACAAAAUGUUCCAGGAAAUUACGUGGUACUUCAAUUUCUCGCUGAUGUCAGUCGAUCUUAUCAGUUGUACUGCUUUUCGACUACCUCUACUGGGAAGUUUUUGAUAUCACAAGCACAUAUUCAAAGAAUUCAUCAAGGUAAACGUUUCGCCAAUGACAUCUGUUCCAUGGCUGGUCAUAUUGCUGAAUGCCAAAAUACAUGGAACCGAACACUUGAAAUAGAAGUCGAAAAAAUAGUGGACAAAAAGCGUCAUAAACUGGUAGUAUGCAUGGCACCAGCAUAUCAGUUAAUGGAGUGGCGUAUUUUACUUUUAAGUAUCGAAACUUGGCUUGCACUUGGAGCCACAAAAAUUAUCGUUCCAAUACAAACGAUUUCAAAGGAAGCCUUUAAUAUUCUUCACCAGUACGAACAAGCCGAUAUAGUCGUCUUGCGACAUUGGCCCAAAUGGCCUAUUUUAACCGAUAAAAAUCCAAAUGGUUUAGUUUUAUCACGAGGUAUUGAAGAAUCUCAUGUAAACUGCUUAUUUUUUGCGAAACCAUGGGCAGAGAUGGUAGCAUUCAGUGACUUCGAUGAUAUUCUGAUUCCUGAACAACCACUAAAUGUUCAUCCCAAUAUCAAUGUUGAAAUUUUGCAGAAUAUUUCUCGUGAGCACCCGCAAGCGGGAUCUUUUCUGUUUGAACACCGAGAUGUACAACUUGUUCUACCGGACAAUCAGUCAGGACAACUUUUAGAAAAUUUUCGUUUUAACUUCUUGAACGAUACAACUUGGAAAAAAGAAUGCACAUUAUGGCGUAUGAAAACAAGAGUUAUUGUAAAUGCAAGUCGAGUGGAUACAGUUAACAUGCAUGAAAGUGGAAUUAAUCGUUUUGGUUAUGUACAGGUAAGAGUUCCAUGUCAUCAAGCACAUUUCUACCACAUGCGUCAUUCCUUCCGCGAACUUUCAACAGGAAGGAAUAUAAAUAUGAAAAAUUUGUAUUUUCAUCAUUCUUUCACGGAAACGUUGAAAAAAUUUGAUGAGUGCGUAAUCGAAAUUAAUAAGGAGCAUUUCAAACUGAAAGUAUCGCGUUGUAUGACGCCUCAUGUUUGUUAUUUGCAACUGUCAAGCAAUGUUGAUUGCAUAGCUUCCGUUGGGAUAUAUCACUUUACAUAUUUAUCUGGCAAUUUCAUCCUUGCGAUAGUGAAUGCUCAUUUUGCGAUGAGCGAUGCAAAUUGCGAUGCACCGAUGUCAAAGAUUACUGCAGGUAAUUACUUUUAUGCUCCUUGAUU